CAGAGAGGAAGUCAUAUAAAACAUCACAAGAAGCGGAGAAGGGGGAAGAGAGAGAAUCGUAUCGUAGUGAUUCCAAUUUCUAUGGCAGGCGCUGUUCCUAACGAUACCAACAGCAACAAUACUCUCCAUUCCAGCUCCGAUCAGUCUGAGUCUUCUUCUCUUCCUCCUCCUCAAGAUCGUCCUGUUCGAGUUUAUGCCGAUGGGAUCUACGAUCUCUUCCACUUCGGCCACGCUCGCUCUCUUGAGCAAGCCAAGAAAUCAUUUCCAAAUACCUACUUGCUUGUUGGAGUUUGCGGUGAUGAAGUCACUCACAAAUACAAAGGGAAGACUGUAAUGACAGAGGCUGAACGAUAUGAAUCCCUGCGGCAUUGCAAGUGGGUCGAUGAAGUCAUUCCUGAUGCACCUUGGGUUAUCAAUCAAGAUUUCCUUGACAAGCACAAUAUUGACUAUGUGGCUCAUGACUCUCUUCCUUAUGCUGAUGCAAGUGGUGCUGGGAAGGAUGUUUAUGAAUUUGUUAAAGCUGUUGGCAAAUUCAAGGAAACUAAACGGACUGAAGGAAUAUCUACAUCGGACAUUAUAAUGAGGAUUGUUAAGGAUUACAACCAAUAUGUUCUACGGAACUUGGAUCGUGGAUACUCAAGGAAAGAACUUGGUGUCAGCUAUGUGAAGGAAAAACGACUGAGGGUAAACAGGAGGUUGAAAACUUUACAGGAGAAAGUGAAAGAACAUCAAGAAAAAGUUGGUGAAAAGAUACAAAUUGUUGCGAAGACUGCUGGCAUGCAUCGCAAUGAAUGGGUGGAAAAUGCUGAUCGUUGGGUUGCUGGAUUUUUAGAGAUGUUUGAAGAAGGUUGCCAUAAGAUGGGAACGGCUAUCAGGGAUCGAAUUCAGGAGAGGUUAAGAGGUCAACAGUCCAGAGACUCCCCAUAUCGUCUACAAAAUGGAAAGGAUGGUCAGGAUGACGACGACGACAACGAGUAUUAUUAUGAUGAUGGGAAUGAUAGUGAAGAGGAAUAUUUUGAAGAAUAUUAUGAUGAUGAAGAGCUCAAUCCUCGGAAUGAGGAGAAAGAUGUGAAAAAGUGGUAGUUAUACUUGGACUGAGUUGCUGGGUGCUGAGACAAAUUUGCUGGCAAUUUGUCCUGAAAGUUGAAAUUUAAAAUUCUAAUUAGGCAUGUAUUUGAUGAUGAUAAACACUUUCAUGUCAAUGUGGUCAAAUCACAAUUUUCGACAUGUUGAAUUCUGGCAUACAGGAAAUAUUGUUUUUUUUUUGGUCCAUUUUUUUUGCAUGUUUGGCUCCAGCACUUGUCUUGAGCUAGUGCUUGUGAUUAAGGUUAUUAAGUGUUGCAAAUAUUAGAUGGUGACAGUGCUAUUGCUAUCUCUGCUUUGACAUCAUUGUAGCUAAAUUUAUGCGCAUUUGAAUCU